UUUUACGGUUCUGGAGAAGGAUGUGCGAAGAAGAUGGGUGUUGAGGGUUCAUCCGCACCUGAUGAGCCGGCCGGCUCGAUCUGGUCUUCUCUCUGCGGGGUUUGUCGGAGCUCGAAGGGAAAGUACAGGUGUCCUCACUGUUCGGUGGUGACCUGCAGUCUUUCGUGCUCCAAAGGCCACAAAACUCACGGCGAAUGCACGGGCGCUCGCACUCGGACGCGCUUCGUCCCUCUCUCCGAGUUCGACGACUCUCAGCUGCUUUCCGACGUGGGCCUGCUGAGCUCCGCGGCUCACGCGUGCGGUCGCGCCCAGCGCGCGAGCGACAAGGUCUUCGCCUUCCGUCACCUCUCGCGCCAACACCGCCACCUGAGGCGAGUGGCGACCAGAAAGGGCAUCAAACUGAGCUUUCUAUCCGCCAGGCUGUUCAAGCACCAAGAGAACCAGAGUCGCGCGGACAAGACCACGAGCGCCAUCACCUGGUGCGUCGAGUGGCACUUCUUCACCUCAAACGACUCGCCGGGCGACGCCGCCGUCACCUUCGAACUCCGCGACGACGUUCCUCUGCUUCAAGGGCUCGUGGACGCUCUAACCAAAGAACACACACAUAUUUUUCAACGAAUCAAACGCGUGUGUACAUCGGACUCGAGUGACUGGGCAUUUUUUCUUGAGCAGCCGAAGUGUCCUGCCAACCGCCGACUCUACCAUCCGCUGUGUCCGGACGAUCCGCUCGACAAGUCGCUGGCCGGCAAGGCCAUUCUUGAGCGCCCCGUCAUCCACGUGGCCAGCCGCUCCGACGGGCCUCGGGCGUACGAGCUGUAUUCGAAGGAGAAAAUGGACGACGUCGUGGCCCAGCGCGACCGGGCGCUCCUUCAGCUGUUGGAACCGCGUUCCGGCGAAGACGACCACGCCCCCCCCGACCAGUCGGAGCGCGUCGGCGCGCAAGGGCCCGAAUAAACGGUGCUUUGAGCAAAAUUUCCCACGCGUCUUGUGACAGGCUCUCUCCGAAAAAAAAAAAAAAGAAAGAAGAAGGGGCGGU